AUUCCAUUUUAUCCCAGUACAGUCAAUAACCACUAGCACAGAAGACCGGCGGCAUUUGGUGGACCGGAGUCGCAUUUUUAAACCGGCAGAAGUCCAGUACCCGUGAAUCGUGAUGGCUAUCCCUACACCACCGUCGAGCUCCGCCGCUUCCGGCAGUUAUCAGAACCGUAAGAGGUCAUUAGGUUUCUUUGCAAACGCAAUGAAGAGGAAAGAUAGCUUUAUACAAUUCUUGGCCAUGACUGGAAUCCUUCUUCUGAGUGUGAGAUCGCUUGGGCAGAAGUACCGCAUAAAUGAUCUCAUGGAGGAUAACGUUGCCCUCAAGGAAGAACAAGAAGGCCUUGUUCACCGAAUGAACCAUAUCAAGCAAAGUCUACUUGCUGAAGCUGCUGUUGAGCCUACCGGUGCCUUUGCUUCCCGCCUUCGCCGCCUCUUUGGUGAUGACAGCUGAAACACAUGGGUUCACCCUAUAGAUAUGCAGACUCCUCCCUAUCUAUCUGCUUUGGCUGGGGCUUCUUGCAUGCUGAUGCUUUUGGUUCUGGUGGAAAUUAAUCUCCUGUAUCCAAGUUCGAGGUUAACACGAAAGUUGGAUAAGAUGUUGCCAAAAAACUUUUCUAACACUAGGCUUCACUAGUUUUGAAUUGAUCAUGGAGAGUGGCAACAUUUGUAGGGCUAUUAUGAAUUCCACUUAAUUUAAUAUGUGGAAGAAGUUGGGAAUAGCAUGACUGAAUUAAAGGAGGUGGAGCAUUUGUCAAUGAAACAGGUUUAUUUGAAGCUUAGGGGUGACUUUCAGAAGGUUGAAUGGAGAAGUUUGGUGUGUAAAAACUUGGGUUCACCUCGAUGGAUAUUCACCUUGAGAUUGGCUUCGUACAAAUUAUACACCAGGGAUCGAUUUCUAAAAUGGGCAAUGGUUGUGGAUCCUAGCUGCCCUUUGUGUACUAUGGCUGAUGAAAUCCACUCUCACCUCUUCUUUGCUUGCUCAGUAUCUGCUCAUGUGUGGCAAAAACUUCUCAACUGGUUUGUAAAAUCUCGGGUUCCUGGAGAGUGGGACUUUGAACUACCAUGGGCUACAACAUAUGCUAAGUAUAAGAGUAGUCGAGCUGAAGUUUACAGGAUGCUACUUGCUGCUGCAAUUUACCACCUGUGGAGGGAAAGGAACAGGGGUGAAUUUAGAGGUAAAUUACGGGGCACGUGAACCCGUGUUCUCUCUGUAAAAUUAGGUAUUUAUGUAUAUAUUUUCUAAAAUUGGUAUAAUAUUAGCUCUGGGCGCCCAUGCUUCAAGAAGUCUAAAUAGUGCACUUGGUUGAAUGUUAAGUUAUUUACCUAGAGGUCUAGCUAUCAAUUUUCACUUGAUACAAUUUUCUUCUUUUUUUAAUGGUACACCCAUGCUCUAGAAAUCCUAGAUUCGCCUCUAGAAAGGAGCAUUAAAGUCUUCCAGCAACAACAAAUAACAGUGGAGCAACUCACAAAGCUAAUUAUUCUGGAGGUCCAUACUAGAGGUAGAUGUCAUGCUAAGGUAGCUAGUUGGUUAGAGAAUCGUAAUUUUUAUCGUACUUAGGAGGGCAAGAAGUUCAUGAAAAUGUUUGUGUGUUUGAGGUAGUUGUCUUUGUUGCUCUGGGGCUAGAAAGGGUUGCGUAGCUUACUGAAGUGCUGGGGCUUACUGUCCAGUACUCAGUUUUUUU